GCGCGGGGUGUUGACAGGCACCGGCGGAGCCGGAACUCGGCCCUGCCCGACGCUGCACGGAGCCAUGAGCCGAGCGCAGCGGGUCCCGGGCCGCGGGGCCGCUAUGGCCAGGCAGAUGGGGCUGCUGGCGCAUCCCGAGGCSGGAGGGACCCCGGCGGAUCCCGGCGGCGAUGGCGAUGCGGCAUUGGAGGCUGAGCUGCUGCUGCUGCUGGGRGGCCGGGAGGCGCCGGCGGGGGGGGAACCGCCCCCACCCCCCCAGCAAGCUCUGGCAGCAGUUGAGGCCCUGGCCCAGCUCUGCCUCCAGGACCCCCCGGAGGAGGAAGAGGAGGAGGAGGGGGAGGAAGAUCUGGAGAACGAGGAGGAGCUGCUGGCAGAGCUGCAGGAGGUGCUGGAGGAGGACUCUGAGAGUGYGGCUGCUGCAGAUACCCCGCAGRAGCGCACAGGGGCCGGGGAGCUGCUGGCAGAGCUGUCGGAGCGCGCGGAGCUGUACCGGGCAGCCCUCGGGAACGCCGCAGGGGAGAACGGGGCUCGGCUGCGGCGCCUCCAGCGUGGCCUCAAGACCCUGGAGCAGAUGCUGGAAUCUGUCCGGAGCGGGAAGCAGAUCAACAAGGCUGAGAUUCCACCUCCGGUGGCGCUGGGAAAUGGUGGAAAGGGCCCUGUGCUGCCCYGCCCCGUGAGCCCUGAGCCCCAAAUGCAGCCCCCUGCCCCUCUGCAGCCCCCUCAAUACCAGGCUGCCAUCCGUGCUCAUAGUGCCGGCAAAGCUGUGGAUCUCUCCGAGCUGCCGGUGCCCCCAGGCUUCCCCGCCAUCCAGGGCAAAGAGACUGUGUCGGAGCCGAGCAUUUCUGGGAUGCUGGAGGCGGCCUUGAGGCUGACAAGACYGGAGGAGGAGGAAGAGGAGGAGGAGGAGGAGGAGGAGCGGGACACCAAGGGGGCCAAGCCCAGCGCUCCCGCCGGGCCCCCUGYCAAACAGCCGCCGCCCCCGCCGAGUUCCCAACCCGCUCCCAAAUCUGCAGGAAAAGCCCAGCAGCAGCUGGAAUUCCUGGAGCUGCGGCGGAGGCAGCUGGCACAGGCCGCGCUCCGGGCCAAGCGCCGCAAUGACCUGGAGGGAGCCAAACUGCUGCUGCGCCGGGCCAAAGGCGUSGAGGGGCUCAUCGGGGCUGCCCGGGGGGGCCUCCCCGUGGACAUUGCCCAGGUGCCAGAUGUGCCCCUGGAUGGGGCUGAGUUCGAGCUGGGGCCGGGCCGGGGGGUCCCGAUGUCCCCCGAGGCCACCAAGACCUUUCUGCAGCUGGCGGGGGCCCUGCGAAAGCAGCACCAGAUGUGUCUCACCUAUUCCCGACAAUUUGCUCAACUGGGGAACAUCUCGGAGACCACCAGGUGUGAGGCGUUGGCCGAGGAAUGCCGGCGGCACAUGGAGACCCUGCGGAGGGAGCACAACCGGGGGGGGCCUCCCCCAAAGCCCCGCUAUGAGCAGAGAACCUUCAGUGUCAUCAAGAUAUUCCCGGAGCUGAGCAGCAGCGACCUGGAGCUGGGAAUAGAGAGAGGGAUCGGACUCCCAGUCCCUGCAGGCGUGGCCCCCGGUGACCUGGACACCUUUGUGCGCUUCGAGUUCCCCCACCCCAGCGUGGAGGAGGCACAGCGAGACAAGACCAAUGUGGUCAAAAACACAGAUUGUCCUGAAUUCCGGGCGCGGUUCCGGCUGCGGCUGCUCCGGGGGCAUCGGGGGCUGCGGAGGCUCCUGAGUUCCCGUGGGAUCAAGUUCGAGGUGACCCAGAAAGGGGGGCUGUUCCGGCCGGAGCGGGCGCUGGGCUCGGCACAGCUGCGGCUCGAGAGGCUGGAAGGGACCUGUGAGCUCCGGGAGCAGCUGGAGCUGCUGGAUGGGCGCCGCAGAACGGGCGGCAGGCUGGAGGUGUGGGUGCGGAUCCGGGAGCCCCUGGGAGCGCAGCGGCAGCUGGAGCCGCGCUCCGAGCGCUGGCUGGUGCUGGAGCCGGGAGCCGAGGCCACGGUCGCCGUUCCCAAAGUGGCCGUGGCGGCCCCAAAGGACCGGAACAGCAGAUCUCUCCCGAUAUUCCCAAGCCUCAACCUGCUGCUGUUUGACCAGGAGCGGCUGGAGCGGAAGAUGGUGCCGUUUGGCCGCGCCGGUCGCCCGGUGCCUCCCGAGCUGCGGCAGCAGCACCAGGAUCUGCUCCGGCGCAUCCAGGGGCUGCGGACGCGGCUCCAGGGAGGGGACCCGCACUUCUGCACGGAGUAUGCAGAGCAUCUGGAGCAGCACCUGCGGCUCUACACGGCAGCUGCACGGCGCCUYGGCACUCAGGGAGAGCGGGAGGCGGCCAAGGAGGCUCUGUACAAGCGAAACCUGGUGGAGAGCGAGCUCCAAAAGCUCCGUGGAUGAGCCCGCCCCACCUUGCUCCCUGUCCUGGGUCUGGGACCACGUGAGAUUUUAGAGGGUACAGAGGACCCCCUCCCCCUACUUUGGGGGGACUCCAGGAACACUCCUCCCACCCCCCUGCCCGAUGUGACAAUCACAGGGAUCAGAGCUGCUAAAUWUCCCCCCGACCCCCCGGGGUGACACUGACCCCCCCUCAAUGACAGGGUGUCACUGUCCCCUCCCAAUGACAGGGUGACACUAACCAUUCCCUGCCGGGGUCCCCAAGCACUUUUUCCCCACCCUCCUGUGUUCCCCUCACCAAAGCGGAUCCUCCGCAAGUGCCUGUGGGGGAGGGGCUGUUCCGGGCGCUCUCACAAAUUAUAAAGUUUUUAAGAAGA